CAGAAGCAGAGACUGGGGCAGAAGGGGGGAGAGAGGUAACUGCCGGCCCCAAAGAGUGCACAGAUGCUCUAUGCGGGGUCGGCUAGUUCCAUGUUAUUAUCUGGUGAGGUUUACUGUUUGUCUUCUAACUGGCAGAGUUGGCCCAUUCCAACAGCAUCACCUCCUUAGACAUGAUGCCUAUACCUGAGCACCCCAGAAGAAAAAUGGUGGGAAGAACUAGAAUCUGAGCUUGAGGAAGACCUGUGCCACCUGCUCCUGGAACAGCCCUGGGAUUGGCACCUUGACAAAGAUUUGUUUUUCUGUGUCCCUGUCCCCUGACCAAAAGGAAGUGCUAACCCAGAAGUGGAGGCUGCUUUCUGUAUCAGACUAAAUUUUGUUUUUGCCAUCCAAUGUUCCCCCCCACAUUAUUUACUAAACAGGGAUUAUAACCAUGGCAACCCUUUCAUUGCAUGGCAUAUUUUAAUUGCAAACCACAAGAAUGUUUUUAAUCUGUAAAAGGGUUUUUUGCAGCUGGCUCCAGAAUGUAAAAUCUUGUAGAAGAAAAUAGAUUUGCUGAGCAUUAAGUCAUCAUUCUUGAACUUUUUUUAAAAUUAAAAAACAAGUUGUUCUAGUAAGAACUAAUCAGCCUACUUUCCUUUCUCUGUCUCUGCAACUGGACUAUAUUUGGUUCAAAUUGGGGUCUACAAGUUAGUGCACUUGUGCCUCAAAAGUUUAUGUGCCUGCCAUCUUGAAUUGGGGUGGAUGACAUCCUCACAAUCUACGCCAUUGAGGUGUCCCUACAUCUGUAGCAAAUUUGGUUCAAAUCGGUUAAGUGGUUCACAAGUUAGCAGUAAGGUGUAAUGGUUAGAUUGUUGGACUAGGACCAAGGAGACCUAAGUUCAAAUUCCCAUUCAGCCAUCAAACUCACUGGGUGACUCUGGGCCAGUCACGUAUCUCUCAGCCUAACCUACCUCACAGGGUUGUUGUGAGGAUCAACAUAACCAUGUGUACUGCUCUGGGCUCCUUGAAGGAAGAGUGGGAUAUAAAUAAUAAUAAUAAUAAAAGUUUAUGGUUCCAGCAUUUUGAAUCAGGGUGGAUGACAGCACAAACAACACCACUGAGGUUUCCCUGUGUGUUACUCACUUGAACUGUACCCAAUUUGGUUCAAAUGGGUUAGACAAUCCACAAAUUAGCCUGCUUGCACCUCAGACGUCCAUGCGACCACCAUAUUGAAUUGGGGUGGAUGACAUCAUCACAGACUACGCCAUUGAAGUGUCCCUAUGUGUGCCUACAACUGUACCCAAUUCGAUUCAUAUUGGUCCAGGUGUUGCAAAGUUGAUAAGGGGGGAGGACACACAUGGACACAUGGAUGGGGACACACACAGAGAAUUCCAGGUGAUCUCAUAAGCCUACUGGGAAGUAUGCUAAAAAUACUCAUAACUGUGUGUGCUCUAAGCACAUUAAUUUUUGAAGAACAUUAGAAUUGUUUUGCAGUCUGCCUGCUAUCAUGUCUUGCAGGGCUGUGCAGUGCUGGUCUGCCAGCAAGGACUCAACAAGCGAGUGAAGUAUAAAUCAAGGCCACUAAGCUGAGGUCAGAAGCCAGGAGGUCAGGUUUACAUGAGAGCAAGGUAAAGCAGUUUCCAAUCAGGUCAGGAAUCUGAGAGGUCAGAUUUGCACAUGAGCAAGGUAACAGUUCAGGUAAUAAGCAAAGAUCAAAAGCAGGAAUAUAGGGUCUAUGUAGGAGCAAGGUAAAGCACAAAGAUCUGGAUGAUCGCUUGACAAUGAUAUUGCUUCAGUAAGGUUCUGUUGCAAACAGUCCUUUUGAAGAGGGGUUUCAAGAGAAAGAGACAUCUAACUCUGUCUCAGAGUCUGCCUCAGAUUAAGAUAGAUCAGACGCAUAGACACUAGAGGUAUGUGACCUGGCUCAGUUUGAGCCAGGUUUGAUGGGUUCAGAGUUGAUCUGGCCUCAUCUGGUCCAUGUUCAAACUGAACCAGGCCUGGUUCAAACUGAGCUGGUUUGGAACUCUACUGGUAAAGGGGAAUCUGGUGAGGAUUCCGCUUUUUCAGUAAAGGGGUGUCCUAAGGGUAGAGGGGGCAGAAGGGAAGUAAAUAGCUACUUACAAGUGCCUGCAGCGGAAAUGGCCUGUGUACAUUUGUGGAGGUUGCUAAAACGGCCUCCACGUGUAUGCAGAGGGCCGAACCGGACAGCUGCAGGCCCUGCCUUUUCUGGGGGAGGCCAGUGGGAUGUGGAGGAAUCACUGCAUCCCCCUGUGGCCACCACCACAGCCACCAUCAAUGGCACGUGUAAGUAGCUAUUUAAUUCCCUCCCACAACCUCUACCCUUAGGACAGCCCUCCUGCCCCUUUACCAGUAGAGCUCCGAGCCGGUCAAACCGGCUCAGUUUGAACUUGAACCAGGUCUGGCUCAACCAGGGCAAAACCAGGCCGGGGUGACUUGAAUCCAGUUCAGGUUCGAGCCAAACCAGCAAAUCAAGUUUUGUGCAGAUCCAUACAUGACACUUGCAUUAUGUUGGCAGUGAGCAAUGUGUCUACUCCUAAACUACUUUAAAUACUGCAUGUAUUUAAAAAGAACUCUAACAGGUAUGUCAUUCAUGCUGUUUCACUGAAAAUCGUUCCUGUAAUUUGUAGCAGCUGCAUAGACACCUUUACUUUCUGAUGACAAUAUUGGCCUUCUAAAUAGUAAUAUGCCUCCUUAUUAAUCAACUCAAACAUUGUUCGCAUGCAACUUUGUUCAUAUCUCAAACAUACUGAUUAUUUUUAUGUGUAUGUUUGCUUCCCUUAAAGGUGUUUUAAAUAUGCCUUUAUCAGAGAUAGCAAGACUUAUAGAACUUGCUGUGCCAGUUUGUAUUUAACUUAGUUUCUGUAUCCCAACAUUCAGUCCAAUUAUUGUCUACCUAGGGUGGAGAACUUUCUGGCUGUACUGUAGACAGAAUCUCUGCUUUCAUUUCUAAUCAGUUAUUUGUUUUAAUCUCUAAGGGGAUCAAAUGUGUGGGACACAUGAAUUGGUGGGGCAGAAUAGCUCAGUGAUGGAAUCAGAAACAAAGUAAGGCAAAUAGUACAGUAGUUAUGAAUGAGAAUGCAGGUACUAAAUCGAAUCUGCAAUAAUAAUAAUAAUAAUAAUUAAUGCUCUACCUCCCUCGCAGCUCAGGUGGAAGAGGAAUGCUGCAAGUCCAGGCUGAUAACAUCGCACACACUGAAGUUAAAAGAAAAAUUGGAAGUGAAUACAUCAGGAGAGUUAGAAAAAUCCUCAAGUCCAAACUCAAUGGCGGGAACACCAUACAAGCCAUAAACACCUGGGCUAUACCUGUUAUCAGAUACACUGCAGGAAUAAUAGACUGGACCCAGGCAGAGCUAGAGACGCUAGAUCGUAAGACCAGGAAAAUCAUGACCAUCAAUCAUGCUCUGCACCCCCGCAGUGAUGUAGAUAGGCUCUACUUCCCUCGCAGCUCAGGUGGAAGAGGAAUGCUGCAAGUCCAUCAAACAGUAGAGGAGGAGAAAAUAGGCCUUGAAGAAUAUAUCAAGGACAGUGAAGAAGAUGCACUUCAAAUGGUCAAGAACGAGAAACUAUUCAACACCAAUGAAACAAAGCAGGCCUACAGGAAAGAACAAGUCAAGAACCAAGCAGAAAAAUGGAGAAAUAAGCCCCUGCAUGGUCAAUAUUUGCACAAUAUAAGUGGAAAAUCAGACAUCACCAAGACCUGGCAAUGGCUUAAGAAUGGCAACUUGAAGAAAGAAACAGAGGGUUUAAUACUGGCUGCACAAGAACAGGCACUAAGAACAAAUGCAAUAAGAGCAAAAGUAGAAAAGUCAACAACAAACAGCAAGUGCCGCCUUUGUAAAGAAGCAAAUGAAACAGUGGACCACCUGAUCAGCUGUUGUAAGAAGAUCGCACAGACUGACUACAAACAAAGGCAUGACAAGGUAGCAGGGAUGAUGCACUGGAACAUCUGCAAAAAAUACAAGCUACCUGUAGCCAAGAAUUGGUGGGACCAUCAAAUUGAAAAAGUUGAAGAAAAUGAAGAUGUAAAAAUAUUAUGGGGCUUCCGACUACAAACAGACAAACAUCUGCCACACAAUACACCAGAUAUCACUGUAGUCGAGAAGAAAGAAAAACAAGUCAAAAUAAUCGACAUAGCAAUACCAGGGGAUAGCAGAAUAGAAGAAAAAGAAAUAGAAAAAAUCACCAAAUACAAAGAUCUACAAAUUGAAAUUGAAAGGCUGUGGCAGAAAAAGACCAAAAUAAUCCCAGUGGUAAUUGGCGCCCUGGGUGCAGUCCCAAAAGACCUUGAAGAGCACCUCAACACCAUAGGGGCCACAGAAAUCAGCAUCAGCCAAUUACAAAAAGCAGCUUUACUGGGAACAGCCUAUAUUUUGCGACGAUAUCUAUAAUAACCAACAGUAUUGAUAAUAAAAUCCUGGCAUCCCAGGUCCUUGGGAAGGACUCGAUGUCUGGAUAAAACAAACCAGUCAAUAACACCUUUCUGACUGUGUAAACAAAUAAUAAUAAUUAAUAAUUGGCGCCCUGGGUGCAGUUCCAAAAGACCUUGAAGAGCACCUCAACACCAUAGGGGUCACAGAAAUCACCAUCAGCCAAUUACAAAAAGCAGCUUUAUUGGGAACAGCCUAUAUUCUGCAACAAUAUCUGUAACAAUUGACAAUAAAAUUCUGGCAUCCCAGGUCCUUGGGAAGGACUCGAUGUCUGGAUAAAACAAACCAGUCAAUAACACCUGUCUGACUGUGUAAACAAGAUAAUAAUAAUAAAAAAUAAAAUCUUUAC